UACAAUAAACCCAAGAUGAGAGUGGCCAGGGCUCGCCUCCUCCUCGAAGGCGAUCAAUCGGAUCUCAGGCAACUACUGCGAGCGCUCUCUUACGUCGACGCGCGCGAGAACGACGCGGCCGAGCGGCUCCACCACGCGCAUCCCCGCCUCGCUUUUCUGAACCAUGUCGCUGAGCCCAAAGCACACGACACCUUUUUCAGUGACAGAUAUUCUCAGCCCCAUAGAAGAGACGUACAAGAAGUUUAGUGGCAUGGAGGGCUCUGGGAACCUGGCGUCUCCGUUGGGAGCCUACCGGCAGCCUCAGGUGUCCCAGACGGGCAUGCAGCAACACUCGAUGGGCCACAACGCCACGGUGGCCAGUACCUACCACAUGCCCCACACCGUCUCCCAGUUCUCCCACAGCGCUAUGAGCGGCUACUGCAACGGAAGCAUUGCCAACAUGGGCGAUCUGCCCUCUUACCAAGAAACUAUGAGGAGCAGUGCAGCGGCAACGGGGUGGUACGGCGCCAACCCCGACCCAAGAUAUUCAACAAUUUCUAGAUUCAUGGGACCUUCCACAGGUAUGAACAUGAGCGGAAUGGGAACGCUGAGCGGCAUGGCGGACGCUACCAAAGCCAUGACCCCACUACACUCGGCGCCCAGGCGGAAGCGACGUGUCCUCUUCUCUCAAGCCCAAGUCUACGAACUCGAGCGAAGGUUUAAACAGCAGAAGUACCUAUCAGCACCCGAACGGGAGCACCUGGCCAGUAUGAUCCACCUGACUCCCACUCAAGUGAAGAUCUGGUUUCAGAACCACCGCUACAAGAUGAAGCGACAGGCCAAGGACAAGGCGGCGCAGCAGCUGCAGCAGGAGAGUAACCUGUGCCAGCAGCAACAGUCGCCCAGGAGGGUGGCUGUACCCGUGCUGGUCAAGGAUGGCAAGCCGUGCCAGAACGGCUCUAACACUCCGACACCCAGCCAGCAGCAAAUGCAGCAGCAGCAGCAACAUCAGCAACAACAAAACAGUUCUGGGGUCGUGCUUCCUGCCACGAGUAACUCUAUAAAUCAACACCAGAGUCAGCAGGUGGGAGCCCUGGUACAGGCCCAAGACCUAGAGGAAAUGUCACCCAGUCCUCCAUCCCUCCACUCUUCACUAAACAACAUGGGACAGAUAGACACGUCUGUAGAUUACACUAGCAACAUGGUCACAUCAAACCUGCUUUAUGGCAGGACGUGGUAGGACUGAUUCAUCAUUUUAAACUUUUUUUUUUUUUUUUUUAAGAACAAACUCUAACUCUGAAGUGAAAACGAGGCCAAAAGUAGACAUCGGUGUGAGAAUGUGGAGUGUGUACGGAUAAAACAAGGCUUUGGGUCAAGCCACCUUUUCUUUUAUCCGGGACAUGUAGAUUUUUUUCUACAUUAAACACUUCUGCCAGUGAAGGACAAGAUGUAAUUUCUAGCCUUAUUCUGUGUGUUUUGGACUCCCCUUUAUUGUCGUAGUAGAAGGGUGCCCGUUGUUGAACAAGGUCGUCGCUCUCAGCAGUGGUAUACAAGCAGAAAACAGGAUGCUAGGGCGUCAGGUACGAACUUAUGAUCCACAGAAGAUCCCCGAGUGACCUGAUCUUACAACGAACCUCCCGCGAUGAACAAUUGAAUUUAUUCUGAUAUGACUAUUGUAAGCUAAUGUAUCCUUUUAGAUUAAUGAACAGUAGGGACUGUAUAUUUGGCUAACACUUAAUUUUCUGUUUACCUGUAAUAUAAAUGAUACAUUUUUUUGGUUGUUUAUUUUAUUUCCUUUUUGUAAGUUAAGACAAACACAUACACUAUGGCUGCUGUAUAUGUUUCAAACCAA